UAUGUUGAUAUUGCUCCAAAACGAGACAUCAUGGCGACGAUGUCUGCAUAUCCGACGCAUAGGAUGUUUCUGCUUGUGUUCUUAUUGUUACCUGUAUUCAGUGCUGGAGUUAAUAUGCCUGAUAAAACCCAUGUGAAAACCUGGGUAGAGCAAUUGAGCAGGAGUAUUGAGGACUUUGAAAAAAACCUGCCGUUUACUACAAUUGGAAAAACGUUUGAUAAUAAAACGGAGGGUGUGGAGAAAGUUGAUGGAAUGGCCCUCAUUCAGGAGAUGGCAGAAAAAGUAGCUCAGAUGCUGGAGAACAAAACGGAAGCCCUCAAGAGAGCUGUAACGGUGGCAGAAUCUGCAGCAGCCAACCAUAACUUCACUAAGGACAUAACAGAAUCAAAUUUAGUGAAUUACUACAAGUCUAAGGAUCCCUCUUACAACGACUUGUCUAGCAUCCUGACACCCAAUGAGAAGUUUCGACAAAGCGUCAACACCACUGUCUCAUCUGUUCACAUCCCUGUAGAAAUCUACGAAAAAGAUCCUGAUAUUCUCAAUGCUUUGAUGUGGUCUCAUGAGUUGGAUAAGGUGUUCACGGAGAACUACGAGGAUGACAAGGAGAUACUAUGGCAGUAUUUUGGCAGCCAGACUGGGUUUAUGAGGUCAUUUCCAGCAAGUCUAUGGAAGAUGACAGAUGAUGUAGAUUUGUAUGAUGUUAGGCGUAGACCAUGGUAUACACAAGGCUCAAGCUCACCAAAAGACAUGCUGAUUCUGAUUGACACGAGUGGCAGUGUGGUGGGUCAGUCUCUCCAGCUGAUGAUUGUGGCUGUCAAGUCUAUCCUAGACACCCUCGGAGAAAAUGACUUUGUACAAAUUGUCAAGUUUUCAAACAAAGCUGAGACAGUGGGCUGUAUGCAGGGUUUUGUGCAGGCUAACUACAGAAACAAAAAGUAUUUGUCUAGUGUUGUGGAUAACCUGGAAGCUAAUAACAUGGCAAACAUAUCCAAGGGAUUAGAGUAUGCAUUCAAUCAGUUUGAUGCGUUUGAGAAUUCCACAGAGGCAGGAGUCGGUGCACAUUGCAACAAAAUGAUCAUGCUUCUGACUGAUGGAGGCACUGACAAUGGGGAUGAAGUUUUUAAAAGGCGGAACUUUAACCGACCUCUUCAAGACCGAGUUCGGGUAUUCACAUACGCUGUAGGGCAGAACCCCAACCCGACCAAGGACAUCGCCUGGAUGGCAUGUGCAAACAGAGGUCGAUUUUCUGAGAUCCCAGCCAUGGGUGCAAUAAGAGCCAGAGUUCAGGACUACCUAUCCCAUUUGGUCAGUGACCGAUUGGAGAUAACUAGUGGCGAUGAUUAUCUCUUGUACCGGAUCUUCACUGACCCGCGGGAGUAUGUACCAGUGUUAAGUCGGCCAGCUGCCCUUCAAGAUAUAAAAGAAUUGAAGUGGGGCAAUAUCUACAAUGAUAGUUUGGGACUUGGUAUGGUGGUCACUGUGACCCUCCCAGUGUAUAACCGUGCACCAUCAGGGUCAAACCAGACAAUCCUUGGUGUGAUGGGAAUAGAUGUGACUACGGAGCAGAUGAAGCACUUUAGUCCAGCAUGGAAGCUUGGUCCUAGUGGUUACACCUUUGCCAUUAACACAAAUGGCUAUGUCAUAUUUCAUCCCCGCCUGAAGAUCCAUAAUGAAAUUGAAGAUACCCCAAACCUGGACUUCCUAGAUAUUGAAAGUGAAAAUGACAAGAAAGAACAGUUAAGACAGGACAUGAUUGAUGGGAAGAGUAAGGAAGAGGAAAUUACAACAUUUGUCUCCUCACAAGAUGGGAAUCAUGUACUAGAAGAAACAAGGAAAUACUUCUACACACCAAUUGGAAAUACCUCAUUCAGUCUUGGCCUUGCUCUUCCACGAUAUCAAAAUUACGUCAUGAAACUAACAGACUUCACUGAGGCCAAAGCAAAGGAAAUGAUCAAUUUGCUGAGGGAGCAAGAUACAGCUAAGUUGUUAGCACCCUGGAAAUACUACAAAUCUAGCAGCGUAACACAGAACCAGAACUCCAGCGUAGUGGUGGAAGACCUGAUAGCUGCCCUUGAGAAUAAUUAUUCACAAACUCCAGACAACUUUAACACUGAAGAGAUGAGACAACUCUAUGUGGAUAUGAAGGUCUCCAAGUCAACAUUCAGUAUGGUUAAAGACCUAAUGGCAUUGAAAAUGUACAGACCAAGAUCUGAUGAUCUACACACUCUGUUUUACAGUUCUGAUGGCAAUGACACAGGCACUACUAACACAACAGCAGUGUUCUUGGCGACAUACGGUGGUCUAACAACUGUUUAUCCUAAACAUGAGGCUGUGGUGAUGGAGAGUUACAGGGAUCCGUGGCAGUCUGCCUACUUCAGACGGGCGCUUCAUUAUGACCAGAAUUUUAUGUUCCAUGCACCAUACACACUAGGACCUCUUGACAAUGAAACUACUCCCACAGUUAUGGUGACACAUGCAGUUAUUGGUUCAAAGUUACAGAGCACACCAUCAGCAGUUGUCGGAAUGGUUGUUACCCAUGACUUCUUGGUUGAGCAUAUGAACGAGAUAUCUGCAACAAGUGGAUCGAGUUCGGUGAACAGCUGUAAGGACGUGGACAGCGCUGUCUGUUUUCUGGUGGAUGAUGGGGCGUUUGUGGUCGCAGCCAAUCACCCAGACUACAAACAGCAGAUUGGUCGAUUUCUGGGACACGUAGAUGCUGGUCUCAUGUCACAACUUUAUGGAGAUGUUUACCUGAGGGUGGAAGAAGUUGACUACCAGGCCACUUGUAUUAACUGGGGUAAUCAGACGAGUGCUGCUUCACUAGGAUUUAGAAUACCCUCCGUGAAUUUGCUCUUUGAGAUUCUGACAUUUAAUUGGUGGAACAGUAUUUGGACCUGGACCAUGGUCAAUUUGAAUGUUUACAGCUGGUUUAGUUCUCCUCCAACUGUCACAGCAUUUACAAAUGAACCAAAGGAGUACAUCUGCAGCAAGAAAAAGGCACAGUACUAUUUUAAUCCAAAUUUCAAAGAAGACACCAAUGGAAUUAUCUACCCCUGUGAUGAAAACUGUACUAGAGACUAUGUGGCAAGACGUGUACCCAAGAGCAACCUUCUAUUCGUAGUCAUCAGUUCAACAUGCCCAGAUUGUUAUGAAUCAGCAAAUUCCAAGAAUCUUAUUCAGGAACCCGUAGAAAUGCAAAUUGCUGAUCAAGAUGUCUGCAACCAGACAGCCAGAUAUAGAAGAAAUCCUGCCAAAUGUUAUGAUUUUGAUGACAGGGAGACCAACCCAGGUUGUGGUGGACCAAUUUCUACUCCGGUCUCUGUACUGCUGGUGGUCAUAGCCACAGUUCUGACAUUAGCUUUGGCCAGAUUAUCAUGAGAUUAUAACAAGCACCUGUGAUUGCUGUUUGAGGGAUUAUCUGUAAGGCUAGAUUAUAUCUGUCAGACUGUUGUUGAAUAAUUGCUUUUAAUACAGAGUUUGUGCUUGGUAAAGUGCAAUUAUUAUGAUUCAAAGUGGCUGUUGUAUGUGGUUUCGGAAAUGAAAGUCAUUGUAAGAGCCAGUGUAUGUGCACUGUCAUGUAUUUAAAUUUUGUAUUGUGCUGAACACUGGCCUGGUGAUUCAUCAUUUACAUCCACAAUAAUUGUAACACAUAAUAAAACUGUAAUAGUUUAUGAGAUCAUUAUGAAAAGAUGUCCGUUUAGUACUCUUGAAAUCAAAUCCGGUACUGGAGUUUAUUUUACUUUUUGCAGUUUAUAUAUGUAGAACCUGUUUGGAUUUAUCUUUAAAUAUUUUGAAUUUUAAUGUGUUAUGAAUGACGAUAUUCUCAGUGAUUGCAUGUCCUCUUAUUGACAUCAUUUUGUCACACUGUACAUAGUUUUAAUUUGUGCAAUAUUUGGUGUUUCUUUAAAUGUUUGGAAACUUUAUUAAUUGAUUAUACAUACCUCUGAUCAUCACCAAAGAUAACCAAACAAAAGUACAUGCAUAAUUUGUGAUUUUGUGCCAAAUCUUGACAAAUAUUCACUUGUAAAUUUGUUUAUUUGUAAUUAUGUUGUUACAAUUUAAAAUGAAGUAUGUAGCAGAUUUACUGUUUAUCACCAUUAUCAUGUGGUGACUUGUACGUGUUAGGUUUUUCUGAUGCAGUACCAACAAGUUUGGUUACGCAGGAUUUUCUUGUGACAAAAUAGUGGCUUUUUAAAAUUUUAACAUAAAAUUCUACGCAGCUGCCUGUGGCCAUCUUUAUUUCAACCAUUACCAUAUACAUAUAUGUUGCCAUUUAACCAUUACAUUUGUGGUUGUUGUGAUUUCAACAUUCCCAUCUCCAGAUCUGGAAAUUUUCAAAACCUCCAUAGCUGGGUAAUUGGCUGCAUGUUAGUUUUCAUCAAGUAUAACCCCGUUCAAAAGAUGUGUGUAGUGUAUUAUUUAAGGUAAAAUGUGAGUGUGUGAGAAUAUUCCACAGUGUUGUGUGGACUGAAGUUGAUAGAAAUCCCAUUCAAACCAUUUUGAAGGUAGAACAUUGAACUGAUUACAAACAGAUGCUAUAUUUUUUUGUUACGAGUUUUAUACAAGAGCAAUGAAAUUUUUUUGAAAUUAUGGUAUAUGGUUUUACUAGUAUUAUAUUUCUGAUAUUGUCUAAUACAUAUAGUGUAUCUGAAUGUAAUUUGUUCUCGUGUGAUAUUAUGUCAGCCUCAGUUUUUGUUACUGAGACAUCGUUCUCGUUUUUUUCCUGGUUGCUGCCAUUUGAUAUUUCAGAUGUAUAGCUAAGAAUCUCAUUCAUGCUUUACAGAUGGUUGUAUUUGUUAUCUUCAUCGUGUUUGUGUCUCCACCCAUUUAGUGAGCAACUAGGGGUGUUUUUUAACAGAUCUCGUUUUCACCAUUUCCUAUUAAAUUAUAAUUCGAC